ACUUAAUCAUUAACCCCCAUUAUUGUUCUUCUUCCUUACCCAAAAUUUUAGCAUGCCAAAAUUAAAAGCAAAACUAAUGCCCGCUUUUGCUUUUUUUGUAAUUCUAUUUCCUGGUGUUUGUUUUACUAGGCAUCUUAUUAACCAAGACUGCGGCUCUACUUUCUGUGGGAAUUUGAAUAUCAGUUUUCCAUUCCGAUUAAAAGACCAACCUCCCCAGUGUGGUCAUUAUGGCUUUGAAUUUGAGUGUGAGAACAAUAAUCGCACCAUUUUGGUCGAUAAAGAAGGGAAAUUUUCUAUCCAACAAAUCUUUUACGAAAAUUAUACAAUACGAAUGGUUGAUGCGAGCUUGGACACGGAUGAUUGCAACUCCCUUCCUCUUAGUUCUGUAUAUUAUUAUUUUCAUUAUCCUGAACUAUUAUCUUUUUCCCUUUCUUCUUCUUCUUCUAAUAAUUAUUAUUAUAAUAAAUAUUAUUAUGAUGGAAGGUUAGAGGUUAACAUUAUUUAUGUUAUGAAUUGCACGAAACCUAUAAAAUCAUCACUCUAUAUCGAGGCUUCUCGUUGUACCAUCAAAUCCAAUACCUCCUCUUCCCUUCCAACUUCUCAUUUCUAUUUUUUAAAUGGAAACACCCGCCCGUCUGAUAUCAAUCAAGCUUGCACUAUCGAAGCCGAGGUUCCAAUUAUGAUUGAUAAUAUACUAGGCAUGUCUACGCUGGAUAUCUACAAAAAACUAUUAGUGGGUUUUUGGGUCGAAUGGGAUAGAUGCGAUUACCAGAGUUGCUACUACUAUCAAAACAAAGUUUCGUUUAAAGACAUAUUGUCAAGCUUGAAAUAUGCCUUCAGAAACUAUAUGGACUGCUUUGUACAUUUCCUUUUCCAUGGCUACGAUUCAUUGUCUCGACCAAGCAGAACUUAUAUUCUCUGUUUGGCAAUAACAGGUGGAAUUAUCUUUUUGAGGCCGUUUCCUGGGAUCAUUUGUUUGCUUGCUCUUGUCACGUACAAAUGGAGAAGAAGACAUUUAUCCAUGGAUGAUACGAUUGAAGAGUUCCUUCAAAGCCAAAAUAAUCUGGUGCCAAUAAGGUAUUCUUUUAAAGAAAUUAAAAAAAUGACUAAAAAUUUUAAAGAUAAAUUAGGUGAAGGAGGUUAUGGCUCAGUGUUUAAAGGAAAGCUUCGUAGCGGCCAUCAUGUGGCAAUAAAAUUGUUGGGCAAGUCAAAGGGUAAUGGCCAAGAUUUUAUAAAUGAAUUUGCUUCUAUUGGGAGAAUUCAUCAUGCUAAUGUGGCAAAACUUAUUGGAUUUUGUGUGGAGGGAUCAAAGCAAGCUCUGGUAUAUGACUUCAUGUCUAAUGGAUCUUUAGAUAAAAUCAUAUUUACAGAAGAAAAUAAGAACACUUUGGGCUGGAAAAAAAUGUUUGAUAUUGUACUUGGGGUGGCUCAAGGAAUUCACUACUUGCAUCAAGGAUGUGACAUGCAAAUCUUACAUUUUGAUAUCAAGCCACACAAUAUUCUUCUUGAUGAGAAUUUUAAUCCAAAAGUUUCCGAUUUUGGCCUUGCUAAAUUGUAUUCAGUAGAUGAUAGCAUUGUCUCUCUCACUACAGCACGAGGAACAAUAGGAUAUAUUGCUCCUGAAUUGGUUUACAAAAAUCUUGGAGGCAUCUCAUACAAAGCCGAUGUUUAUAGUUUUGGAAUGUUAUUGAUGGAAAUAGUUGGAAGGAGAAAGAAUGUGAAUGCAUUUGCUGACCACACUAGUCAAAUAUAUUUUCCAUCUUGGAUUUAUGACCAAUUGGAUCAAGGAGAGGACUUAGAGUUGGGAGAUGUUUCUGACGAUGAAAAAGCAAUGGUGAAGAAGAUGAUAAUAAUAGCCUUUUGGUGUAUACAAUUACUUCCUUAUGAUCGUCCUUCAAUGAAUCAAGUCUUGAAGAUGCUUGAAUCUGAUGUUGAACUCCUUGAAAUGCCUCCUAAGCCAUUCCAUCAACUUCCUCUUGAAACAUCAAUGAAGGUUGAUAGCUGUGAGAAAUCUUAUGAUGAGUCAAGUAUGUCAUUGGAUAAUGUUAUUAUAACAAGUUCAGAUACUGCAUAAGGGGUUACUAGUGAGUCAGAGGAGAAUACAUUGUGAUGAGAAUGUUGGAUGUCUUGUUUCCUUUUUUGUUGUUAUAUUGAUUUGAGUCCAAAUAUUUCAACACUCUAGGUGGGAUGAACUAUUUCUUUUUUUUAGAACAUUUUUGUUGCCAUGUUUGAGAAUGUUGGCAUUAUUGUUUAUUGUUGACAUAUCUAGUUUCUUUGUGCUUUGACUGUUGGAUGUGUUGUCGACUUUAUAAAGUAGUAUAGUGGCUUUCAUUUGGUUCUUUUUAAAUAAA